UGUUAAAUGGAUCAAAAACGAGAAAUCCCAACAUGUGAAGUUUGCCAACAACCGGCAAACCAGACCUGCGGAGGAUGCAAACUCGUAUACUAUUGUACAAAGGCCCACCAGAAACUAGGAUGGAGGGAGGGACACAAAUUCAAGUGCUGUGCUUUCAAAGUGCAGGUGUCAGACAAGAUAGGAAGACAUAUGAUAGCGACCAGGGACAUCAAGGCUGGGGAAAUGAUCCUCAAAGAAAAACCAGCAGUAAUCGGACCCAGGAUCAGUUGUGCACCCCACUGUCUAGGAUGUGGUAAAAAACUGGAACCAAUGAAGAUUGAAGACAAGUAUGAUUACUACAAAUGCUCGAUGUGCAACUGGCCUAUGUGUGGACCGAAAUGUGAAAAGGCCGAUGUACAUAAACCAGAAUGCAAAACUAUGUCGGAUAGAAAGUAUAAGUGCACGAUAAAAUAUGAGAAGCCGGACAAAAAUGAGGCUGCUUAUUGUGUUAUUUCACCGUUACGAGUGUUACUCAUGAAAACCACCAAUCCUCCUCAGUAUGAAAAUAUUUUGAGUUUGGAAUCCCAUUUAGAGGACAGAAAAGACACACCAUUGUAUCUUGUUUUGAAAGCAAAUUUAGUGACUUUUAUAGUCCAAGUAUUAGGAAUGCCAUUUGAUGAAGAAACAAUUUUAAAAGUGGCUUCAAUUUUUGAUACAAAUGCAUUUGAUGUUAGGUCGGUUGAUGGUACUAAAAGGUCAAGAGCUAUUUAUGUUACGGCAUCUAUGAUGAAUCACAAUUGCAAAGCUAACACUCGUCAUAUAUUUAUUGGUGAUGAUUAUAUUAUGGCAGUGAUAGCGACAGUGCCAAUUGCAAAAGGUGAACUGAUUACAACUACCUAUACACAAUCAUUAUGGGGCACCUUGGAUAGACGAAGACAUCUGAAAAACAACAAAUGUUUUGACUGUGAGUGUGAAAGAUGUACAGACCCUACAGAAUUAGGGACGUAUUUAGGAAGCAUUUACUGCUCUAUGUGCAAUGGUCCAUUUAGUAACCCAGAAUCCACCAAGCGGCCCAUGUUAAUAUCAACAAAUCCAUUAGACGAAGGCGCUUUAUGGAAAUGUGAGGUAUGUAAUCAUUUUAUUCACGGACGACAAAUGGUAUGGGGAAAUAAUGCCUUAUCACAAGAUUUGAAUAAACUGAAUAAGAAUGGCCCCAAGGAGUUCGAAGAGUUUAUCGAAAGAUAUAGCAAUACAAUGCAUCCCAGUAAUCACUUGAUUGUGCAAGCAAAAUUAGCACUGAUUCAAAUCUAUGGGAACUAUAAAGGAUACACACUUUCAGAGUUACCAGAUCAUUUACUAACCAGAAAAAUAGAUUUAUGCCACGAACUUCUCGAACUUGCUGAUAAAUUGGAUCCUGGUUUCACAAGAUUCAGAGGAACAUUACUGUUAGAUCUUCAAGCUGCGAUGACUAUGCAAACUAAGAGAGAUUUCGAAAAUGGGAAGAUAACCAAGGCUGGAGCACAAGAUCAAUUGAUGGAAAGCAUGGUGUUGCUGCAAGAAGCCACCAACAUCCUAAGGGUGGAACCACACAUGAGAGAUGCGUUGGAAGCCAAAAUACAAGAUCUGUCUAGCCAGCUGGAACUCGGUGAAGAAUUGACAAAUGGAAAUGGUGUCUCAGAAUAAUCACCAGUCCCCUUAUUCACGAACAUUGACAAGCCUGUCUCUAA